AUGGCCGCCAAUCAACAGAAUCAGGAACAAGCCGAGCCACAACAGAUAUUCGUCAGGGCAGAUGAGGUCGACGCAGGGAUAUCUAUCAUUACCCCCAGCAAAGAAUUGCCCUUGAGUUCAUUGACUCCUGCCAAUUUGGAAACAGCGCCAGCAAACAAUGAGCAUCCUCAAGCACCUAUGAGGCCUGGACUAAGACGGGAGGGUACAGGACCCCCACCACCGCCCCCGUCACAGCCACCACCAGCUCCUCCUCCACAUCAGCCAGAUGUCACGGAUUCUCUAAGUCUUCCACAGCUCAGACAGCUAGUCAGUCAAUUUCCUAGGGCCGACCAACGAGCCUAUGCUUUUCAGUACAAGGAUGCAGAGAGUUUUGAAGCGGAGAUUGAUGAGUGGUUCCACUACACCGAAAUAGAGCAAGACAGGGACUACUUACUCGCUUCACUCGAUGCUUUUGAGCACAAAUUCAAAGGUUUUUGCCAAGAGAACAGUUUGCCAGACGACACAACCUGGAUUGCUGCAACUCAGGAGCAGCGAAGACAGUUUGCCACCAAUCUGCUUGAUGAUUUGGCAGAUGAAGACUAUACCACCCGGGUUGAAGGACUGUCUUGUGUCUACUACGUGCUGACUGGCGCUUGGAGUACUACGUCCGGCUUAGAAAUCAAGCUAGAUUCCAGCGCGGAUGAUGCUUUUGAAGAACCCCAUGUCGAACCUUCCAACAUUGUGCAAGUGCAAUGGAUGCACAAGGGAGCCACCCUCCUAGCCGAGAGCUCGCUAAUACCUCAGCUGUUUGCUUGUCUCGUCCAAGCUGCAUCAACGCCAGACUCGGAUAUUCGUCCACAGUCGUCUGGUGGCGAGGAUGUCGCCGAUGGAGCAUUCGGUGAGAACGAAUAUCGAGAGCUCAGCUUGUGCCUUUCCUGCCUUUACAUCUUGGUGGAAUCUGCAAGGGAACGAGAUGAUACUACUGAAGGACAACAGAUUCGAACAAUUAUGCUUUCUUUACAACCCAAUUGCCUAGUAUUUCUGGUCAGCAUGAUUUCACGAUUACGAUGGGACGAAUCAUACAACAUUCCACUCAUGCAUGCCUUGCAACUAUUCUGGAAGUUGAUUCUUCUCCUAUUUGGAGAUGUCAAGACACACCUUGAGAAGAUCAAAGGCAUCCUACAGCCCCGUGUUGAUCCAUUUUCAGCAGAAGCGGCACAUCCUGUCUUGACUGCAUCACCGCUGGAUUAUCAUCUAUUUCGCCAAGAGAUUACUUCCAAAUAUCCAGCGUACAAUCCACCCCUUCCUCUGGUACCCCUCGAGCUCGAACACAAAACCAUGCUUCCUCCACUGACCAAUAUGACGUCCAGGCCUGACUAUCCUGGAUCAGGCGCAACAGGUGCGAGCGGAGGGCCGCCACGAGGCUCGAUUCUACAUCAGCCAGUUCACAUUGCCACACCUGCACCAUCACCUCCACCUUCGCCGGUUGGGUCAGGUGGAAAGACUGGAAAAAAGCAGAAUUAUCAGACCAAUCAGAACUUUCCAUUCCUCUACCCACCACUAGACAUUUCUAGCAACACAAUUGGUGGCAAAGGCUCAACCGAGAUUCAAGACUUGAUGGUUGGCAAAAGUUGGGAGGGAAGCGAUGUACCUCGAUCAAUUAUUGAGGCUGGAGAACUCUUUGCUAGCCGAAUGAGAAUGUCUAGGGCCAUGCGUCAACUUUGGAAAGAAAGGGAUCUCUUCAUGAAAUACGAACGAGGCUGGCGAGGCAAUCUGACAGACAUGGCCAACAGAAAUGGUAAAGAGAAGGAUAAACCACUCCUAUCAGACGAAGAGGCAGAACUCAACAGCCUCAACGACGCGCUACUACGCUCUCGGAUGGUGGCCGUCGAAAACUUUUUCCACCAAGCCCUUCCCAACUUGCAGUCACUAAUUAUCGUUAUGAUGAAAGUGAUGCUGGCAAAUGUCCAAGACAUUGCCGUUCGAAAUGAGGCGCUACAAGACUCUGCGCAAUCAGGUGGCAUAAACCGCACAAAAUCCAACCCAAAUAUGGCUCAGUCUUUACCAAUCCCUCCAGUACCGCCCCGACCUGCAGAUAUGACGCUCGAAGAUUUGGACAACGUACGUUCUCGGGAGAUCAGCCAGAAAGCUGUGUCCGGAGCAAUUUUUCUACUUCUUAAAUGGUGCAAAGUCUCGCAUAUUCUGAAAUUCGAGUACUUGAAUCAAUUGCUGUUGGAUUCCAAUUACGUUCAACUCACCUUGAAGUACUUCGCACAUCAAAACCUUGAGGAUCUCGUGGCGUUCAAUUAUGACCGUGAUGAUCUAAGCGUUUGGCACUAUUGUCAUGUUCACUCUGACCAUCCGCCCUUGUCACCAACUAGUCCAGAUGAGAGAUCUGAAAUCUCGGAUGGCGAAGAUGCGAUCCCGCCACCAAUAUCGCGUGAACGGCAAGAUCGGCGAACACGUCCUACUGCGCAAGGAUCGUCUGACUCCACGCAGCCACUUCAAUUCGACCAGCUCCGCCCUUCCGUUGAUGAACUCGGCAACCCGUUAGGCCCUCUACCGUCUGCGCCAAUCACGACGUAUUCUUUCCGACAGUUUCAAACCUCAAUCCACCUCCUUCGCAUCCUUCAAAAACUCACGCGGGGCAAGUCUCAUCGAAUCCUUUUUCUCGUGCAAUUCAAGUCCUCGCAAAUUCUGCGCAGAGUUUUGCGCGUGCCUGAUCCUACGCUACGACUGUACGUCCUCAAGCUGUUCAAAUCACAAGUUCCUUACUGCGGUCGGAAAUGGCGUCAAAGCAAUAUGCGGGUCAUCACAGCAAUAUAUCUGCAUUGUCGCCCAGAGUUGCGGGAUGACUGGCUAGCCGGGAUGCAUGACGCCAAUGUGGAGGGCGAAGUGGAUGAGGCAGUUCCUCUGGAAUGGGCUCUCAGGGGUCUAACAUUCUGGUGGCAGAAGCGGAUAUAUCCAGGAGUGAUGAGGCAAGGAGGGCGGCAGAAGAAGGACUUGACGCAGAUACAAAGAAGAAUGACAGCCACACGACAAGAAAAUCUCAAAGAUGUGAAUGAGGAAGACACCAACGCGAUCUCGGCCUUGGCCGGCUCUGACGAGGGAGAUGAAGACGAGGGAGGCCAAGAAAUUGACCCAGAUGAACGCGAUUUUUUCCAACGUGAACUCGAUGCCAUUGGCUGGGGUUUAGCCGCAAUGCACAUGCCUAAUGACAGCGAUAGCGUUGCCUUUGGUGAGGAGGCAUCAUCUGCAAUCCAGCAGACAAAUUUUCAACAUCAGCAACAAAAUCUCCCUACCAAUGGCAUUGGCCUCAACACGAACAUGAGCACCAACACAACUUUCAGUCCAACGGCAAUGAUCAACGGCGCGACAUUAGGUAGUGAAAACUCUACUAUGACGGCUGGGCAGCGAAUAGGGUCGCCAGCGACAGCCGAGCCUACCGCUGAACCUCAGUGGAUAGUCCCGGAUGCUGCAAAUUUGGAGGCCUGGCAGAAUGGCUAG